AAUUGGCCGUUAUUAUUGUACUCCCUUCUCCAUUCCACUCGUCCCCUUCCUCCCCUUCCGUCUCGCAACAGGCGAGGCGAGAGAACUCGUCGUCGAAGCGAAAUAUAGCCAGCGCACCAAUCCCAAUUCCCAACCCGACGCAACGCAACGCAACGCACCUCAUCCCGGUUGCUUGCGCCAACGUAGGGGAUCGCCCGGCCCCGCCCCGCUCCGCUUCGCGCCCCUCCUUCCUGCCUGCCGUAACCGCGCCGUGCAACUGUGCAAGGGCAUUUCUGCAUUCAUGUGGGCAAGCUGGAUGAUUCAAAGUUGUUGAUAUGUGGUGGUUCAGUAGGUUGUUGAGUCUAGAUACCAGAUGAUGGACCUGUCCACGACUUCAGUGCUGGCAGCUAAAGCUUACAAAUACAAAGCAGAAUCACUUGUUAAGGAGUACCUUCUUGCAGAUUCGUAUGUUUCAUACACUGCUGUACUUGGUGGGAUCCUGAUGUGCAAGAUGGCUUAUGACAUAACAAGCAUAAUCAGCUCAUUGUACUACAAGGGUUAUGGUUCACUUACAAAAACCCAAAAGCUUGAGUGGAACAACAGGGGCAUGUCCACUAUCCAUGCGAUAUUCAUCACAGUGGUGUCAGUGUACCUGGUUUUCUUCUCCAACCUAUUCUCUGAUGAGCUGGAUGGACUAGUAACUUAUCGGAGUUCAAAUCUAUCCAAUUUCACUUUGGGGGUUUCUGUUGGGUAUUUCAUCACUGACCUUGCUAUGAUAUUAUGGGCUUAUCCUUCUCUUGGUGGAAUGGAGUAUGUCCUUCACCAUAUGCUGUCGCUUAUUUCUAUAGUCUAUGCUAUGUAUUCUGGGGAAGGACAGUUGUACACAUACAUGGUUCUCAUCUCUGAAACAACCACACCUGGAAUCAACCUCCGAUGGUUCCUUGAUACCGCUGGACUGAAAAAAUCCAAGGCCUAUCUUGUCAAUGGUGUUACGAUGUUUAUUGCAUGGCUGGUGGCACGGAUCAUUUUGUUCGUCUACUUGUUUUACCACAUUUACUUCCACUAUGAUCAGGUCAAGCAGAUGCAUACGUUUAGCUGCAUUCUGAUAUUUGCUGUGCCUACAAUACUGCUCGUCAUGAACACAAUGUGGUUUGCCAAGAUCUUGAGAGGCCUUAAAAAGACGCUAGCCAAGAGGCAGUGAAAAGAAGAAUGGUAAAACAAGCUCAAGGACAUCGAUAGCCAAAAUCCAUCCCCUCGUACAGUCACUUUACAGUUACAUGCACUUCCCGAGUAAAGCCGUCAGUGCAGCUCGUAGCACAAGCUAAAGCCCUUGCACAUGAUCCUGAAAUACGCUAAACACAGCUCAUUUUUUUCCCUGGAUGCUCUGCCUUGUACAUACGGCCGUCUGUAUUGGGUGCUUACACCUUGAGGGAUCGUUUGGUGACCAGGAAAAUAGAUGGGAAAGAAAUCCCUUUGUUACGGCCUCGUUCGU